AUGUCUGAAAAAAAUGGAAAAUUUCCAGAAAAGGCUUUGGAUCCAUUGCUGAAGCCUUUUGAAUUUUCUGAUAAAAUGCUCGAAGAUGAUUUUGAAGAAGUUUAUAGAAAAUAUCCUUUAAAUGAUGACACAAGCUGCGGAAUUGGAUUUCUACGUGGAUCAGUGAUGCAAAAACUCGCUAAUAAGAAGAUGUAUGUCAUUCUCUACGGCAUCGCAGGAUCAGUAUUUUCUGCAACUUACUCCUACUUUACUGCCACAAUCACAACGAUAGAAAAGCGUUAUAAAAUCCCAUCAAAAAAUACCGGAGUUAUUUCAGUCGGAAAUGAUAUAAGUAGCUUGUUUGUGUCAGCAAUCAUGGCAUAUUAUGCAGGAAAAGGUCAUCGACCUCGAUGGGUUGGCUUUGGGCUGCUCACAAUUUCAUUAUUUUGUAUGAUAAACACGAUACCGCACGCUUUGUAUGGACCUGGUGAGCAGGCACUGAUGCUGACGAAGGAAUAUGGUGGAAUGGAGAAUGACACAGCGACACAGGAGAUUCUUGAGAGGGAGAGGAGGAAGUACUUGUGUAAUACGAACAAAACUUCCGGAAUAGCUGAAUGUGACACUGGUGAGGACAAUUGGAUGCCUCAGGUGAUCUUGUUCCUUGGACAGCUAUGUGCUGGUAUAGGUCAAAGUAUAUACUUCUCAAUUGGAGUUGCUUAUAUGGAUGACAAUAUCAAGAAGUCAAAAACUCCAGCACUGAUAAGUUUAUCUUACUUCUUGCGUUUACUAGGACCAGCUGGUGGAUAUGCUCUUGCGUCAUUCUGCCUUAAAAUCUACAUUGCACCUGACUUAACACCAACAAUUGACAACAAUGAUCCAAGAUGGUUGGGUGCUUGGUGGAUGGGAUGGAUUGUACUGGCUAUUUUAAUGUUCAUCUUUUCAUUCGUCAUGUGCAUGUUUCCAAAGGAACUUCCGAGAGCUGCGCUGCGUCGAAAACUUGCAAUUGAAAGGAAGAAAAGAGGAAUGAAAAGUUUAGAUGACAAAGAAAUUCAUGAUGAAGUUCCAGCAUCACUUAGUGAUAUGUUUGUUACAUUUAAGAGGUUGCUGAAGAAUGCGACUUAUAUGUUGAAUAAUAUAUCAUCGAUAUUUUAUUAUUUUGGAUUCAUGCCAUAUUGGAUAUUCACACCAAAGUACAUUGAGACUCAAUACAAACAGUCAGCAUCAACAUCUAGUCUUGUCACAGGAGCAGUUGGAAUAGCAUUUUCAGCCAUUGGUAUAUUAGCAUCAGGACUAGUCAUCUCAAAGUUCAAGCCAAAAGCUAGAAGUCUUGCCAUCUGGAAUGUUUUUGUUGGAUCACUUUCAGUCAUUGGCAUUUUAGCUUACACACAGCUUGGAUGUGCUGAAAAUGAAAAUUCUGUUGUGCUUAAUGCUCCUCUACCAGACAUGCUCGAUCCAACAUGCAACUCAAAUUGUAACUGCGACUAUGUCAAAUACUCACCAGUUUGUGGUGCCGAUAAUAAAAUUUACAUCAGUCCGUGUCAUGCAGGAUGUAAAUCAUAUCAUAAAGAUAAUGGCACAAAAUUCUUCACAGACUGCUCGUGCAUUGACAGAACAUUUGGAUAUGAUUUUGAGAAUUUCUCAUUACCGAUUAGUGUCACAGAAGAGUAUGAUGAGACAUUGAGUAAUAGAUUUGAUAGAGCUAAUGAUUACAUAUUCGGAGGGACAGUAAAGGACAAAGCAUGUCCAAUAAAUUGCCAAAAAGAGUUCAUCAUGUUCCUCGCAGUCAUGUGCUUCCUCAAAUUCUCUGAAGCAACAGGAAGAGCGAGUAACUUCCUUGUAGGUGUAAGAUGUAUUGAGGAACGAGACAAAACUGUUGCAAUGGGUUUUGGCUUAGCUUUUAUGUGCUUAUUCUCAUUUAUGCCUAGUCCAAUUUUCUUCGGUGCUUUGCACGACAUGAUGUGUAUAGUUUGGGGAAAAACAUGUUCUGGAACUGGAAAUUGUUGGCUGUAUGACACUGAGAUGCUGAGGUACUGGAUGAACUACAUUGCAUGUGGCUUUGUGUUCUUUGGAGUGGUUUUUGAUGCUGCAGUGUGGUACUGCGUGAAAGACUUAAAGAUCUUUGAUGAAGAAGUUAAGAAUGAAGAAAUGGAAAUUGCUGCUAAAGAAGAGGAAAUUCAAGUUGAUAAGGCAUUUACCUAA